AGACCUUAAUAAAUGGAACACUGACACAAAACUACUGAUGAAGCAAAUUCAGUCUGAAUCGGAGAAGAUGACUUUGGAAAAACAAAGUAUUCAGAGAAAAAAUGAUGCAUUAAAAUCCCUAGCAGAUGGUUUCAAAGAACAACUGCAUACAACAAAUGAACAAUUGCACAAACAAACAAUAAUGGAGCAAGAAUUCAUAUGUAAAAUCAAAAGCCUAGAAGUCGAUCUAGCAAAAGCAAAAGAUGUAGCUAAUGAAUAUAAACAAAAAUGCGAUAAACAAAAUGCUUCCACCCUAACCACUGACCGGGAGGUUAAAAAUCUAAAUGCCCAAAUAAAUGCUCUAACUAUGGAAAAGAGAUUGAGUGAGCAGAAGAUACAACUACAACAAGCUCAUAUACAAGAGCUAAGUAGUAAAUUAAAAAAAUUACAGGAUGAACUCCAUCAAAAGACUCUGGAUGAACAAAUGGCACGCAAGAUGAUGAUUCUGUUUCAGGAAGAAUCCAUUAAAUUUAAACACUCUGCAGAGGAAUUUAGGAAAAAAGUUGAAAAAUUACUGGAAUCCCAUAGCAUCACAGAAAAGGAUAUUUCUGACAUAAAACUAGAAUGUGUUGCUCUUCAGCAGGAAAAGCAUAUGGCUGAGGAAAACAUCAUGCUGUACAAGGUACAGAUGGAAGAUCUGCAAGAAAGGCUUAAAAAAUGUCAUGAACAACUACAGCAAGGGAAGCAGGCUGAAAUGGACUAUCAGCAGAAGUGCAGGAGACUUGAAGAAGAAUUGGAAGCACAGAAGCGCAUGGUUGAGAGCUUGAAACAGAAAAUGGAUCUGCAGCUCAGAGAGAGUGAACAUAGGUUUCUUUUGUUUCAGAAUGAAGUUCACCAAAAUAAUAAACUUCAAGAUUGUGGAUUCAAACUGAGCUGUGAGAGAAGAGGGAAUGAUUUCAAUUACCUGAGUGACACCACAGCUCGAGAGUUUGAGCAGCUUCCUCCACAUGCAAAACCUAGCUCACCUUUGUUAAGGCAGAAGCAGGAGAGACCAGGUUUUAAAUCUGAUCAGAUAGAAGGAAAUACAUUGUACAUGAGUGCUGAUGAUAGGAUGCCGAGAGAGGUGGAGUUCCAGAUGUCAAGAAUAAACCAAUCGGGAGAAGAAAAUUCAAGCCCACAAUCUUUUACGGAGUUGAUUUCUCAAACGAGUACACACUUUGAGAUAACUUUCGAUAAAGGAAGCCAAAUAUCUGGAACAUCUGAAUGGGAUACAUUGAGAAACAGGAACCUACACAGUUCCAGACAAACUAUUAGACAUGGAGAAGACAUGAAACAUGAAUUGGGAGUGGUAAAACUGCAUCCCUUGGAGGUACACACUACCUUUUGUGAGGGUUUGCCUUUCUAGUGCUGGUUUUUACUAGGCUAUUUGGUUGGUUUUAGUUAUACUUUAUCACUAUUCUGUAUUCUCUCUAAUGUUUCUUGCCUUGGUGAAGGGAACCCCUUCAUUCUUACAUGACACAAAAAACUUUUUAUUAGACAUUUGUAACAGGUUUGUUAAUAUCUAAGAAAAACAUCAUUUUAAAAGUUUAUGUUGGAAAUAGGAAUUCACAUAUACCAUUGUAUCAUUUUUGGUCAAAAUAAGCUUUGAUUAACAGUGCUAAGUUCAUAUAGUAACAAACAACAGUUGUUGCUUAGUCUAGUCAUGUUCCUGUUAUUGAAUAAGUAUUUGAAAUGGCAAAUGCACUUUAAUACUGUAGCUAUCUAUAUUUCUCUGCUCUCCAAUGCUCGUAGCAAUUCUCCUUUCUGAUUUACGUUCAGAUUCUCCCUUUUGUUUCUCUGGUGGUGGAUUUAGGAGUAUAUUAUGUACAGCAUAGUUCUGCAGAUGUAUUUCUCACUGUGUCAAAAAAUUCCUAUUUACAGAUAGUGAAGAACAAGCAAUAUGACAUGCAUGUUGAAGUCACAACAUUAAACCAAGAAAAUGACAAGACUUUUGGUAAUGAAGAGAGAAUGCUUGAGGGAUACAAAACAUCCGAAAGGUUUAGGAAAGAAGACUUUGCAAAGUUGAGCUCUUUCUUAGGGAGAGAGAGUUUGAAAACUGUUGACGAUGCUACUCAGUUGGAGUAUUUCACGGAGGAAUAUGAUAAUAUUAAAUUUCAAGGUCUCCGACAUGAUGUAACUGCCAGACAGUUGAUCGAAGUUAAACUUCUAGACAGGCUCACAGUUGAGCAGCUUCUCUCAGGGCAGAAAACUAUUGAUGAGGUUCAGAAAAGUCUUGAAAAAUUUUUAACUAAACCCACAGCUAUAGCUGGGCUGUACCUUGAAUCCAGCAAAGAGAUACUCUCUUUUGCUGCAGCAGCAAAAAGAAGAAUCAUAGGAAAAGCACUGGCAUUAGCGUUAUUAGAGGCCCAAGCAGCUACUGGUUUUAUCAUUGAUCCCACAACAGGUCAGAAAUUCUCUGUUGAUGAUUCGGUUAUUAGAGGGCUUGCAGAUACUGAAUUCAAGAGUAGACUGCAUGAGGCAGAGAAAGCUGUUUUGGGCUAUUGCUGUUCUGGGAAAGUGAUGUCUGUGUAUCAGGCUAUGGAAGCUCGACUCUUAGAAAGACAAAAAGGUAAAAAUAUCCUCGAGGCUCAGAUUGCAAGCGGGGGAGUCAUUGAUCCUGUAAGAAGUGUCCGUGUGCCUCCAGAAACCGCGGUGCAGCUCGGUUUGCUUAAUAAUACAACUUUAAAAUUUCUGCAUGAACCUUCUAGUAAUGCAAAAUGUUUUCACAAUCCAAACAACAGGAAAGCAAUGUACUACUGUGAUCUGCUGAAAAUGUGUUUAUUUAGUGUAAGCGGUAAAUGCUUUCUGCUUCCAGUUGGUGAAAGGAAAAUAAGCAGCCCAUCAGCAGAGAAAAGUCAUAAAAUUUCUGUGGUAGAUGUCGAAACAGGAGCUGAAAUGACUUCAUAUGAGGCCUAUCAAAAAAAUUGUGUUGAUAAAGCUACAUAUCUUGAGCUUUCAAAACAGGAAUUUGAUUGGAGGGAGUCAACGUGUUUUGACUCUGAUGGGAAUUCUUUUCUUUUGCUUACAGAUCUUAAAACUGGUGUACAGUUUAAUAUCGAGGAGACCUUAAAUCAGGGUAGAAUUGGCAGAGCAUUAGUCAAUAAAUAUAAGGAGGGUUUAAUCACAGCUAAUGAGUUCGGUGAUAUUUUAGCUAGCAGUUCACAGCCAAAUAAAGAUUUAAACAGUCCUGUUGCAGGGUUCUGGCUUUCUGAAACCAAUGAAAGAAUUCCAGUCUUAAAAGCCUCACGGAAAAACUUGGUAGAUAGGGUUACUGCCCUCCGAUGCCUUGAAGCUCAGGUUGGUACAGGAGGCAUAAUUGAUCCGUUUACUGGGAAAAAGUACAGUGUUUCAGAAGCUUUGCAAAGGGAGUUAAUCGAUGAUGGAUGUGUCAAGCACAUGCAGCAGUGUGAACUGAUCUUCACUGGGAUCAUUCACCCUGUAAAGAACACAGUAACGUCAGCUGUUGAAGCUAUGAACUUAAAUGCUGUAGACAAAGAAAUGGGCAUGCGCUGCCUGGAGUAUCAGUAUUUGACUGGUGGGUUGAUAGAUCCAAAGUCUCAUUCCAGAUUGACAAUGGAAAAUGCAAUCAAGAAUGGUAUUAUUGAUGCUGUCACAGCUACAAAGAUGAAAGAUGAAAAAUUGCAUGUUAAAGUUUUAACAUGCCCCAAAACAAAGAAGAAGAUAACCUACAAAGAAGCUUUAGAGAGAGCUGUUUUUGAUUGCCACACUGGGCUGCGACUGUUAGAAGCAGCUCAGCCCAUGAAAACGGGAAUUUCCAGUCUUUACUAUAAUUCAUAAUGGAAUAAAGAUAUUAGUAGUCAUUUUGGAGCCUGCUUUAAAACCCAUUCAAGUCAUGAAAAAAAAUCUCUGGUGGCCUUAUGGAAAACCAUAAAUGGUGGUUUUUAAAGUAAUCAUGAAUUACUGUAAAACUAAUUAGUGCAAACCACUGAUUAGUAUAAAGCACUAAAACUGGAAUUAGAUAUUACUUGUUAGAAAGUUGAAAUGUAUAGAUAAACUUAGGCAGAUUCAUAAUUUCAAAAUGCAGAGUAUAUGUUCAGUCUUUACCUGAAGGCCUUGUCUGACAUGAAGGUAGUGUACGUGAGAAGUUAUACUGAGGUUGGUGCAGUUAACAUUAAUGCAAAAUGGGUAGAUUUAGGUGAGACAAGAAUCAGAUUCUCAUAUUAAAAAUGGAAAGGGAUUUCCCGCUUUGCAAAUGAUCACAGUGCAGUAUUUCAUGUGACCUGAUACUUAAUUUAAUACUGCAAAUCAGUUUGCAGACAUCAUUUCUUGUACGAAAGUGGCAGUAAAGCAUACAAGGGUUAAAUCUGCAGUCCAGUAACUAUGUAUACAUAAGUAAUUUUUCUCACACUGGUAUUCCAUUCAUUUUAGUGCGCUA